AUGAAGGCGAGCAUCGCCCGUUCCUCUGAGCAGAUGAGUGUCGUCUCCUUGCUCUUAAUCAGAAUAUAUGACAUCACCCACUUGUCCCAUGUUGGCCCGCAUCCGGCCCUUCGGUCGUGGGAUUGCACUCUUCUCGCUAUCACCAUCGUUCUCGACGCCCUCGAGGUCCUACUCCGCAAUGCCCCCGAGUAUGCCGUACUACCCCUCUCUGGCCGCGGGACACAAGCCGACCGAGCCCAGGCCGAGUUCCAGCUAACAGUCAGCGUUCUCCUUCUCUCUCCGACAAAUCAGAUUCUGCUCCUGCACCGCGUCAAGACGUCUUCGGCUUUCCCCUCUGCACACGUCUUCCCUGGAGGAACAGUGAGCGAGUUUCAUGAGGAGCCCGUCCCCCCGCCCGGCGACCCGAAGCGACACUGGGACAGCGAGGCGUACCAGCUGGCCGCGAUUAGGGAAACAUUUGAGGAGAGUGGUAUCCUUCUUGCGAAGCCGAAGGGACAGGAGAGUGGAUUUGAGCUGCUGCAGCUUAACGACGAGACCCGGGUAAAGGGAAGGAAGGCGACACACGCGGACCAGAUCAAGUUCACAGAUUGGCUGGACAAGGUCGGCGGUGUGCCGGAUUUGAAUGGUCUCGUCCCGUUCACGCGUUGGAUCACACCGCCCGGGGCGCCAAUCAAGAAGCGUUUCUCGGUGCAGAUGUACAUCUACAUGCUCCCUCUUGGACAACCGACACCGGACACGGCGCACGACGGAGGACUGGAGCACACAGAGGCGGAAUGGGCCGACGUACGGGAGUGGGUGCGGCGCGCGCAAUCGGGCGAAGUGAUGCUGUACGAGCCGCAGGCGUUUCCUCUGCACGUCAUGGCGCCGUUCUUCCCGCAAGGUCCGAACAGAGAUUACGCCGUGGAGCGCAAGAAUCUGCUCGAGUUCAUCCACCGCGUACCCACCGGCGACAGCGGACAUUGGACGACACAGAUCCCGUGGAAGGACAAGAUCAUGUGUCCCUAUGUCGAAGGGCAGGUCGAUGACGGCCGAGUCAUUAUCAGCUGCGAGCACCCCGGCCCCGAGAUCGCGGACGAGGAGAGGAGAGGAGGCUGCGCGGAUCGUAUGGUCAUGAUCAACACGUGGACGCAGAACCCGCGCAACGCCGAGAUGGUCCUGAGGAAGGACGCAAAGUACAAACCAGUCUCGAAGCUCUGA